UCUGCCUGCAUCUUUAAAGGAGAAAAGGCAAAGUGCUCUCUACAGAGAAGCCACAGCUCCUCCUGCAGCUGUUCUUCACUGUUGCAAAUCCACGCUGUUCGACAAGAUGUGCAAAGGACUUGCAGGUCUGCCGGCUUCUUGCUUGAAGAGUGCAAAGGACAUGAAACAUCGGCUAGGUUUCCUGCUGCAGAAGUCUGAUUCCUGCGAACAUAAUUCUUCCCACAGCAAGAAAGACAAAGUGGUUAUUUGCCAGAGGGUGAGCCAAGAGGAAGUCAAGAAAUGGGCUGAAUCACUGGAAAACCUGAUCAGCCAUGAAUGUGGGCUGGCAGCUUUCAAAGCAUUCUUAAAGUCUGAAUACAGUGAAGAAAACAUUGACUUCUGGAUCAGCUGUGAAGAAUACAAGAAAAUCAAGUCACCUUCGAAACUAAGUCCCAAGGCCAAAAAGAUCUAUAAUGAAUUCAUCUCAGUCCAGGCAACCAAAGAGGUGAACCUGGAUUCUUGCACCAGGGAGGAGACGAGCCGAAACAUGCUGGAGCCCACGAUAACCUGCUUUGAUGAGGCCCAGAAGAAGAUUUUCAAUCUGAUGGAGAAGGAUUCAUACCGCCGCUUCCUCAAGUCCCGAUUCUAUCUUGAUUUGGCCAACCCUUCCAGCUGUGGGUCAGAGAAGCAGAAAGGAGCCAAGAGUCAUGCAGACUGUGCUUCCCUGGUCCCGCAGUGUGCCUAAUUCUCACUAGGAGGCAGAGGGCUCAAAUGCCAAGACUCUAAGCUCUGGAAAAACCUGAGGCCAAAUAUCAAUCUUAUUAAGCCCUAGUGCUUUAUCCACCUUGUAGCCUAGUAUUCAUGCUGCCUGCCAAGUGUGAGUCACUUCCACGUAAAAACUAGAUUUAGUGCUUGGAUGUUUGUCAUGGUAGGACCCCAUUCCAGUCCGAUUUUCCCAAGUUUCUUUGAGGGUGCCAUGUGAGCAAGUAUCCAAAUAAUGGCGUCGUGUGUCUGGACUUCCCAAGAUCGUUGGCCAAACUCUCCACCCAACGGCUCGAUCUCAGGUUGGCCGGCACACUUCAUGUGACAUCGAUGCGCACACGCAUUCUGGCAGCCAGCACUUCAUCUAGACUGGAUAUUUAGAUGGCAUUGAUUGAUUGUAUGGACAUGUGUGUAUAUACACAUAUACAUCCCGUAUAUGUAUGUGCGUCUGUGUACAUAUGUGUAUGAGUGUGUGUACAUACACGCACACAUACAUUUCUGCAGAGUGGACAGGAAAGACUUCAGGUGCUCUUGACUAGAGAGUGUGCACAUCCUUACAGUCCUGUCCUGACAGCUGGUCUUUCAGACUGCAUUUGCACAGGGCAAACUGAACUAACUGCCGUGCAGGCUAAGAAGGGGAUGUUAACCUGUGGAGAGCUAGUUCUAUAAAACCCCACGGGUCUUGCUGGAGAAGCACUGGAGGAACCCCAUGCUCAGUUGCACCAUGGCUGGUCUCUACAUUGAGCACUAUUCUAAGGAGCAAACAAAAUGCAGAACCAUAUACCUGCUUGACAGAGCUGCCUUGGCCUGGUUCUCACUCUUGGCACUUUCGGGUCCCUAGACUGCUGGCCUCCCCUGCUUUGGCUGGGUGCUCUCAGGAUAUGCUGUUAGCAGCUGGGGUACUAAGGGACUGGAGAGGGGGGUGCCUGUGCAGGAUGAAGAAAUGCUGUUAAGGCCUUGCCAGCUCCACCUACCAGAAAUGACUGGCUGGAUGAGGGCACAUAAUUUAAAGAUUACUAUGCUUUCUUUUAUCCUUUUUUCUCCUCUUAAUCAAGGUGCUCUUCUCUCCUCUCUCUCUCUCUCUCUCUCUCUCUCUCUCUCUCCUCUCUCUCCCUUGAGAACUUUAGCUAUCAGAAGAGGCUCCUUAGUUCAUUGUGAUUGGUUGAUUGUUUUCCCCCCCUCAAUGGCUCUAAGCCAUCUGCCUGCAUUUACCAGUCAGCAGCAGGUGUAAGAUCACAUUUUCUAAGAGGGAAACAAGUCUUCACAACCUGUAAAGCCCUUGUAAGUGUUCUCCUUCAAGAUAGGAUUUCUCAUUUCACCCCAAGAAUCAGGGCCACUAGAGAGCAGAAGCAUUUCUUUCUAGACUCUGAGAAAGAAAAAAGAAAGAAAAGAAAAAAAAAAAAGAGGAUAACAUUGUUAGAACUACUGUUUGAAACUUUUCAAGGCACAUGAAAUACUUGAAAAUUUCUCAUUUGUGUUAUUUAUGAUGUUGUUUUGUAUAAUGUUUUUAUUACUAUAUUGUUUUAUAAAUGAAGGUGCAGGAUAUCACCUGAAUUAUUCGUGAAUGCCCAGGAAGUAAUUUUCUUCUCAUUCUUCUAAAAUUACUGCCUUUGAAAGUGGAUACGCACACACUGCACCCAUUGCACCAGUGUAAAACCACACGCAUGAGCACCUUUGCGGCUCUUCAGCCAAGGCACUGGGCUGCGAAACGAAGACACCUGGAGAGUGUGUUUGUAAGGCUCAUUGUAUUAAAGAUGAGGGUUUUCUCAUUGUACCUUUCUUGUCUUUCUGGAGUCUUGCUCUUCACGUCCCCAGUUUCUCAUCAGCAUCCCUUUCCGUUAUGCACGGUUCCACAGUUUUGCCUCUAGUUGAGUCUAGACGUGUAACCCUAUUGGUCUUGCCCCUUGUAACUGUCAUGACUUUCAGAUUGUACCUGUACUCGGACUGCUCUCUCACAAUGGGUCUGGAAGGUCACUCUGAAUGAGAAGUAAAUUAUUUUAUGUAAUAUAUUUUUGAGUGUGUUUUUCAGUUGUAUUUUCCUGUUAUUUCAUCACCGUUUGACAUGGUGUGCUUACCUGCUCCUGGCCCAGGAUAGAAUAUUCCUUCCAUAUGCAUGCCUGAUUCUAUCAUGAACUUUAUAGGCCUCAAAGGUGAUGCUUCCAGUGAAAUGCACGCAUCUUAGUAAUAAGGGUAAAUAAAUGCUUCAUAUAAAACU